AUGGAGGGCCGAGUACCACGAGUUCAUUAUAGAUUGAUUGAGGUACAAGCAUGUGCCUGCGAUUUGUUGACAGUAGGGCUGGAGACAUUUGAAACAGUACCAAGGGCAAUGAUUCAGAGCUCCGGUGAUAAUAAGGAAGCACAACAAUCAAACCACUGCUUGCCCAUGUCAUUCACACAAGCAUGGUUGCAGGGCUUCAACCAAGAGAAACAGAGUAUGUGCACUAGGGAGGAGCUUGAGAGGGAGGAGGGCGUGACAAGGAUUUUCAGGACAUUGCCAUCCCAUGUUGGUGUGCAUACAAAUCCAUGGUACUGCAAGCAAGUGGAAUGA